AUGUGUACCACUAGAGGAAUAUCCAUUGGUAUUGAUCUGGGCACUACUUAUUCAUGUGUCGGAGUGUUUCAGCAUGGCAAAGUAGAGAUCAUUGCCAAUGACCAGGGUAACAGAACCACCCCCAGCUAUGUGGCCUUUACAGACACAGAAAGACUCAUAGGAGAUUCCGCUAAAAAUCAAGUAGCCAUGAACCCUAAUAACACCAUCUUUGAUGCAAAGCGACUGAUUGGAAGAAAAUAUGAUGAUGAAGUAGUUCAAUCUGACAUGAAGCUCUGGCCAUUCAAGGUGGUCAGUGAUGGAGGGAAGCCCAGAGUCCAAGUGCUGUACAAAGGGGAGACAAAAACCUUUUAUCCAGAAGAAAUCUCUUCUAUGGUCCUGUCCAAGAUGAAAGAGAUUGCAGAAGCAUAUCUAGGUCAGAAAGUCAUAAAUGCUGUUAUCACAGUCCCUGCCUACUUCAACGAUUCUCAGCGUCAGGCCACUAAAGAUGCGGGUGUAAUCGCUGGGCUAAACGUGUUGAGGAUUAUCAAUGAACCCACAGCUGCUGCUAUUGCCUAUGGAUUAGAUAAGGGCAGAAGAGGGGAGCGUAAUGUCUUGAUCUUUGACUUAGGUGGAGGCACCUUUGAUGUAUCAAUCCUUACCAUUGAAGAUGGGAUUUUUGAGGUGAAAGCCACAGCUGGAGACACUCAUUUGGGAGGAGAGGACUUUGACAACCGUAUGGUGAACCAUUUCAUUGAAGAAUUCAAAAGGAAAUACAAAAAGGACAUUGGCCAGAACAAAAGGGCACUCCGGAGACUGAGAACAUCAUGUGAAAGAGCUAAGAGGACCCUCUCAUCCAGCACUCAAGCCAGUAUUGAAAUAGACUCAUUGUAUGAAGGCUUUGACUUCUAUACUUCCAUCACCAGGGCACGCUUUGAGGAGAUGAAUUCUGACCUUUUCAGAGGCACAUUGGAGCCAGUGGACAAAGCUCUAAGAGAUGCCAAAAUGGACAAGUCUCAGAUUCAUGACAUUGUCCUGGUUGGUGGCUCAACUCGCAUCCCAAAAAUUCAAAAGCUGCUUCAAGACUUUUUCCAUGGCAGAGAACUGAACAAAAGCAUCAACCCUGACGAAGCUGUUGCAUAUGGAGCUUCUGUACAGGCAGCCAUCCUGAUAGGAGAUACCUCUGAAAAUGUGCAAGACUUGCUAUUGUUAGAUGUUGCUCCUCUCUCUUUGGGUAUAGAGACCGCUGGAGGUGUCAUGACUGCCCUUAUCAAGCGCAAUACAACUAUCCCCACCAAACAAACACAGACCUUCACUACCUACUCUGACAAUCAGCCAGGGGUUCUUAUUCAAGUGUAUGAAGGAGAACGGGCCAUGACAAAAGACAAUAAUCUUUUAGGGAAGUUUCAGUUGACUGGCAUUCCCCCAGCUCCACGAGGUGUUCCACAGAUUGAGGUGACCUUUGAUAUCGAUGCCAAUGGUAUUCUCAAUGUGUUGGCAAUGGACAAGAGUACAGGCAAGGAAAACAAGAUCACCAUUACCAAUGACAAGGGUCGACUGAGCAAAGAGGAAAUUGAGAAAAUGGUGCAGGAUGCUGAAAAGUACAAGGCAGAUGAUGAAGCCCAAAGGGACAAGAUUGCAGCAAAAAACUCUUUGGAAUCUUAUGCCUUCAACAUGAAGAAUAUUGUGGAAGAAGAGAACAUUGCAGGCAAUAUUAUCAAAGAUGACAAGAAAAUGAUUGUGGAUAAAUGCAACCAAACUAUGUCUUGGCUUGAAAACAACCAACUAGCAGACAAGGAAGAAUUUGAUCAUCGCUUGAAAGAGCUAGAGAAAAUGUGUAGUCCCAUCAUCACUAAACUGUACCAGGGAUCAAUGCCAGGUGGUGUGACUGGGGGUUAUGGAACAAAGGUGGACUCAGGGUUUGCUUCACAGGGCCCCACCAUUGAAGAAGUGGAUUAG